ACGCGAUCCUCGAGACGCCCAAGUCGCGUUCUUUGUCCAGAGCGCGAACAAUUGGACGCUGGUCGACAUGCUUGCUUCUGCUUCUCGCGCAGCUCUCCGAGCAAGAUCUUUUGCACGUCCAUGUGUCAGCGCCAGCAAGGGCAUACGGCGGUUCCACCCCUUGGCAGGCCAAUGGGACCCACCGUCCGCCAACCUCGUACCAAUGGUCAUCGAGCAGACAGGAAGGGGCGAGCGCUCUUAUGACAUUUUCUCUCGUUUGCUGAGGGAGCGAGUCGUGAUGCUUUAUGGACCGAUACGAGACACUGACUCUGCGCUCAUUGUCUCCCAACUCCUCUUCCUCGAGGCCGAGGAAACGUCUAAACCCAUCCACCUCUACAUCAAUUCACCCGGCGGAAGCGUCACUGCCGGGCUCGCAAUAUAUGAUACGAUGCAAUACGUCUCGUCCCCCAUACACACAUACUGCAUCGGCUGCGCCGCUUCCAUGGGUUCACUGCUGUUGGCAGCCGGUGAAAAGGGCAAGAGGCAUUGCCUGCCAAACGCUAGCAUCAUGAUUCACCAACCGUCCGGUGGCGCAUCCGGUCAAGCCAGCGACGUCGCCAUCCACGCGAAGGAGAUCCUGCGCGUGCGCGAGGCGCUCACCGGUAUCUACCAGAAGCACUGCGCAAAGCCGGACGAGAGCGAGGCGGAGGGUCUGGCGCGUUUUGAACGCGCCCUUGAGCGAGACUACUUCAUGACAGCCAAGGAAGCUAUCGACUUUGGCAUCGUAGACGGUAUCUUAGAGAAGCGGCCGACAACAGGGAAUUGAAUGCGCCGAGUGACUUCAUGAAGCCGAGUUUCUUGAGCGACUUGCGGAAGCCGAGCGGCCUGAGCGGUUGGCGGGGGAAUGAACGUUCCCAGCAGAUUGAGGUACUUAUGCGAGUAAUGUGCUAUACUCGCGUGGGUGACGUGCUAUACUUGUGUGAGCAACCCCUCUAGUUCGGUCACUGAUCAUUGCGCUGGUUGGUCGUUGGCUGCCACCCAAAUGCGCUCGUUGCUUCUCAGCCCAGCUUCGCCCACCCCGGAAGUCGAAGCACCGGU